AUGUCACGUCGUCGUGGAUUAUUGUACUGUGAAGAUUAUCCAGAUGAGGAAGAAAAUCUUAUGCCGAUCGUUCAUGACGAUCCACAUCAAUCAUUAUCACCAAAUCCACAAUUAGCAGCACCGUCUUAUGUUCCAGUUACAUUACGUGGACCAAGUUAUCGAUAUCGUAUUUUGCCAGCAUGUCCAUCAUCAUUUCAUGAUGAUCAACCACCAUUGCUACUACCAAAUGUACCAGUGAACAAACUCAGCCAAGAACAAUUGUUGUAUCGUCAAAGUGGUCGUUUUCCACUCACAUACACAACGGAUCCAAAGUAUUUUGAUAUUCCAUCUUACUUUUACAGUGAGUACCAAGCCUACAUGAGUAUGUUGAUCUACAAGUACAACGUGGACGAACCAAUCUUGAGUUAUAAUUUGGCUCGUUUUAAACAAUGCUAUGAUAUGUUUAUUGAUGAUUAUUGCUACCAUCAUAGUUGUUUACCAGAACAGUUCGAGAUUACUACAAAGCAAAAGAAUUAUGCAUUGGAAUUUUAUUUGCAAAUGGAUGUUGAUCUUUUCUUCAUGAAAACAUGUUCAUAUCGAUCAGCCAAACCACGAUCUAAUGAUGAAGGUCUCUACUGCAUCGAUGAACCAGAAGCUCGUUAUAGUCUACUACCCUGCAACGAUUGUUCACUUUGUCAACCACCAAUUCACUUACCUGAGCAACAAUCUACAAUUCGAUUUGGUCCAAAUCAAAAGUUUCGUUUUAUGAACGAUUAUGAGACCAUUCUUAAUUGUCCAGCUGAUUGUCAAACGCGAAAUAUAAUAUAUGUUAUGACUUGUCCAUGCAAUAAGGCUCAAUACAUUGGUGAAACGAGUCAACGAUUAGGCGAUCGACUUUGGUUUCAUCGUCAACAUUUCAAGCGAAUCAUUCAUGAAUUUUUGAUUGGCGAAGAAAAUGCCAAACAUAGUCGAUCCGGAGAAAAAACUUCAGAAGAAGAGAACAAAGAUCGAAUGCUCUUAUAUAAUCAUGGUGCUCGUUGUCCAUAUACAAUUCAGGUAUUUCUCAGAUAUUAUCCAGGCUAUUGGUGUUUUAUACCAGUCACAAUCAAUGAAGCAAUGCAACACGAUGCAAAUUACAUUCCAUCAGCUUCGAUUAUCGUACAUGAUAAUGUGAAUCCAACUUCAAUUGGUUCACGAAAUCGUCGCCAUGUACGAAAAACAUCAACUACACGCUCUGAUGAAGACGUCCGAUCAUGUAUACGACAAUUACCACCAUUACCAACUGGCUAUACAUUUUCCGUUCGUCAGCGUGUUGCACAAUUUCAAUAUUUCAAAAAUAAAUUGGAUCUAGAUCGGGCGCUAGAUGAUUCCGUUAAUUUGUUCACUGCUACUGUUAUUGCUGUCUUACCAAUCGAUGCUGUUGAUAUUGUUCGACGAUUUGUCGAAGCAUUGUUUAUUACAAAUGCUGAAACGAAUUUGAAUAUUGCUGGCCGAUUAUUCAAUAAUCGAGAAACAAGCUAUGAUUUAAAUCCUCGCAAUAGGAAUGGCUCCAUGUCUGUUGAAGAACAAAUACAGAAUCGUGGUGAUUGGUGUCACAAUGUCGUCGUCGAAUAUUAA